AUGCACGCUGGAGAUCAACUGGAAAGUCUCUCGGAUGAGGAGAUACUACAGACAUUCUCUGAAAACGAACGUCACGAGCCGUGGUUUCCCCGUAUAUACAGCGCAGAGCAAGACUUACCAUUCGCCGCCGAUGGCAUUUCUCCUUCGCUACCUGGGAGACGUAUUGAGAACGCCAUAGGAAUUUCCGAACCAUUUCAAAAGCUUCGAUGUGUUCGGAAAUUUAUCACGGAGCACGGGAUGGACGCCGGAGAACUAUCGAUCCGACGACAGAUGGUCCACGAGGCGAGAUUAUUGUACGCUGCUCGUCAUUACCAUGUCGUCCAGCUUAUCCAUACAUACUUCCAAGCGUUUGACGAGGACGAAUACCCGUUCGCGAUUGUUAUGGAGAGGGCUGACAAUAAUCUUCGACACUAUCUACGUCGAGGAAGGAUUCCCUCAGCCUCAUGGUUCGGGUGUCUAAUACAAGUCGUCCACUAUAUUCAUGGAUUGGGCAUUCGUCACCGAGAUAUAAAACCUAGGAAUAUCCUGAUCAAGGACGGAAAGCCUUUGCUCGCGGACUUUGGCCUGUCUCAAAUGGGAUUAGGGAAGACAAUGCCGACCACAAUUCUCACCCGCCUCCCUGGCCGUACCCCAGGCUACUGUGCUCCAGAAGUCGCGAAUGGUAGCACUCGUGGUCGAUCUGCAGACAUAUUCUCACUAGGCGCAGUGUUUCUUGAGAUGCUUGCCGCGCUCGAUGGGUAUGAAACAAUAGGACAGCUCCGCACUAUUGUACCCGAAGAUACCGGUUCUUACAGCGCAAAUAUUAGCGAGCUCCAAGACUGGAUGGCCAACAAAUUCCAACUGCAGUCUUGGCAACGAGACCUUUUGACUCUUUGUCAGAAAAUGCUCCUCGCCGAUCGACAUGUUCGACCGUCUGCGGAUCGGAUUUUGCAGGAAUGGUUGUCGUUGCACGAUUACAGCUCCUCGCUAUUGUGUAGGUGUGUGAAUGACAGCUCUACCAAUCCAGACGAGGGGCUGGUUGCAGCAUGUCAGAGUGGAACAACAGACGAUGUUGCUACCUCAUUGAAAAAGGCCGCACAGCCUCAAGUCUCGAGUGCAAUACAUUUCGCCGCAACACGAGGAUCCACGACCAUGGUUCAGAUGUUGCUGGAAGCCGGCGCGGCUGUGGAUACUCGUAAUGCUGUCGGGCAGACCGCAUUGCAAUGUGCGAGUCGAAAUGGAUGUCUCGACGUGGUCCAACUACUUUUGCAAAGCCGUGCAGAUGUCGAUGCUUAA